GACAUCGAGUCCACUGCAUUUAAAGCAAUAGCACAAAAAGUUAGAUGUAAUUUGGUAAAUAUCUGCGAAAGGGCAACUGAUAGUGGUUAGUAGUAACCAACAAUAGUAGUGAAACUUAGAGUAUGAUGAAUAUAGUUGUCGCUAUAAGUUUCUUUAUUACUGGUUUUCAGAAGCUGCUGCUAGCGACCCCCGGCUUGAUUAGCGUUCCGAAAAAGUCAAGUGGCUAAAGCGAAGCCAAGCUAACAUCACAUUGCUAACAGAAUCUGUUGUCAGAGGUCGACGUAUCACGCGGUGCUUGUGGGGCGUUAAUAUGACUGCUGUGAAAUAGCGGUGUUGUCAAUUCAACUCUGUGCGCCCAAGUGACUCCGUCGUUAGUUUGGUAGAACAGUAUCAUGUCAACUAGCUUUGGCGGGCGGCAUUAGCAUUAGCAAAACAAGAUCUCUGCGUUGGGAGUCAGCUGACAACCUGCUGUAAGCUGCCAACAGACCAGUGAUGGAUCAACUGAAAGUAAAGGAUCGUAUACUGGAAAAUAUCUCUCUGUCUGUGAAGAAGUUGCAGAGCUAUUUUGCAGCCUGUGAAGAUGAGACUCCAGCUAUCAGGAAUCAUGACAGGGUCCUGCAGCGCCUCUGCGAACACCUUGACCAUGCUCUGCUAUAUGGGCUACAAGACAUCUCCUCAGGCUAUUGGGUUUUAGUCCUUCACUUCACCAGGAGAGAGGCUGUCCGCCAGAUAGAUGAGCUUCAGCACAUAGCAACCAACCUUGGUCGAAGCCGUGCGUGGUUAUACCUGGCAUUGAGUGAGAGCUCUUUAGAGAGCUACCUGCGCCUCUUCCAGGAGAACCAAGGAUUACUGCACAAGUAUUAUUUCAAGAAUGCACUGGUCUGCAGUCAUGACCACCUCACACUCUUCCUCACACUGGUGUCUGGCCUGGAGUUCAUUCGUUUUGAUCUGGAGCUGGAUGCGCCCUAUUUGGAUGUGGCCCCCUACAUGCCAGAAUACUACAAACCCCACAACCUGCUGGACUUUGAAGAAAGGCUGCCCAGUUCAGACAGCUUGUCAUUGCACUCCUUUACUUCCCUCACAUCCACCAACCUGGAGUGGGAUGACAGUGCCAUAGCCCCUUCCAGUGAAGAUUAUGAUUUUGGUGACAUCUUCCCCGUGUUGCAGUCAUUGCCAAGUGCAGACUGGGAAGAGGGUGACCUGACUGACCAGGCCAGUUGCCCACGAUCCAGUGGAUCUGAUCCCCAAACAGUCAUAAGUGACACAGUGAUCCUUCCUGCUAGCAUGGUCAAGGUGAAGGUAGUAGCCUAUCCCUCUCCACACAGCCCCACAUUCAGACACAACCCCUUCAAUGAAGACUCAGACACCAACACCACCAACACCUCAGCUGAUGUCACACCAGUUCAUGUAGCCAGCCGCUACAACGCCACCACAACUGGAGAUGACACAGAGAUCGGCAACAAUGAGCUGGAGGUCAUCAGGAUGGCCAGAAGAAGGAAACCAGCCAAGAAGAGACGAGGGAGGGGCUCUACAGAUUCCAGUGGCAGCAUCCAUAACUCCAUCUCUUCUGAUCACAUGGAAAUGGCCACGGAGGAUGUGGAUUCAUUAAAUUGCACUGUAAUUCAUGUGGAUGGUGAAGAGGAGUUGAGCAGAAGCAGGUUGGGAUCAGAGACUGUGGAGGAGGGAGAAGAGGAUGGGGUAGAAGACCUUCUGCGCCUCCCAGAGAUGACCGACACCUCCAUGGACAAUGUAGGCCAACCCCUCUGUGACGUCAUGGAUCGUCUUAAUGGGGCUUUAGAUAAGGAGGCAACCUGGGAGCACCCGGAGGAGGAGGAGAAAAGUAGUGACCAUAGACCCAAGGAAUCUACUCAGCAGCCCUUUCGAGAAGACUCAGAGGGUAAGCCUCCUGACCCAGUACCAGGGGAGACGCCUCACUCUCCUCUGGUCAAUGGCCACGAGUUUCUGCAGGCCUCUGCUCCGACCAAAGACUUAUGCUGCUUUACCCCCGUCAGUCCAGACUCUGCUCCCACAGGUGGUGGCCACAAUGACACUACAGAGCAAAGCCAAUCAAAGACUGUUUCAGGUUGCUUUGAAGAUGAGGGAGAAGCAAAAGCGCAUACAGGACAGGAGCACCUCAUGAAGAAGGACAAGGGGGAUGUCCAAGGAGAGGAAACUGACAUGAAUACAUUUGAUGAGCAAACACAAGUACAAGAGGAGAAGCUCAGUCCCUCAGAAAGUUCUCACCCUGCAGAGUUUAAGGUGGACAACAAUCACUUGCUUCUUCUCAUGAUCCAUGUAUUUAGAGAAAAUGAGGAGCAGCUCUUCAAGAUGAUGAGGAUGAGUACAGGCCACAUGGAAGGUGACCUGCAGCCACUUUACCUGCUCCUCACUGACUGUUACAUCUACCUACUAAGAAAGGGUGCUGCAGAGAAGCCCUACACAGUAGAAGAAGCUGUUUCUUAUAAUGAAUUGGACUAUCUUUCAGUGGGCCUUGAUCAACAGACUGUGACAGUGGUUUGCACAAACCGGCGAAGGAAAUUCCUGUUGGACACCGCUGAUUGCUCGCUGACUAUCUGGUUCCUAUCUGUUCUCAAGUCGGCCAUGGUAAAGGGCUGCCGUGAGCCACCUUACCCCUGUGUUCUGACUGACGCUACCAUGGAAAAACUGGCUCUCACUAAGUUUGUCUCCCAGGAAUCUCACUGUGAGGUAUCAGAAGUAUCUAUCCACCUCUAUUCAUUGGUCCACUGGGAGGAUCCAAUGGACAUGACUUUGUCUCCACAAAGUGGCAUACCAAGCUCCAGAAUUACCAAGGAAGGGAUUGUGCAGUACCGCUCUGGUACCACCUACCUGGGCAAAGAGCUGUGGAAAAGCUGCUACCUUGUUCUCAGCAAUGGGAUUCUUUACCUGUAUGCAGAAAGAACUGAUGUGAUACCUCUUCUGUCAGUCACCAUGGGAGGAGAGCACUGUGGAGGCUGUCGGCGCUCAAACAGCACAGAGCGCCCCCACGCCUUCCAUGUCAUCCUAACAGAACGUCCACCACUGGAGCUCAGCGCCAACAAUGAGCAGGACAUGGCUGAAUGGAUGCAGUUGCUCUGUCAAUCUGUCUCAAAAGGGGUCAUCCCUCAGGGUGUGGUCCCUACUCCAUGUAUCCCAUGCUGCCUUGUGGUGACAGACGGAAAGCUGCUAACUUGCCAUCAGGACUGUCAGACGAGUUUCUUCCGCUCUCUGGGCAGCGUUGAUAUCUGUGAUAUCACCACCGUCAACCUGGAGUCCGACAAGGAGUACUGUGUCAUUGAGUUUACGGCGGAUCGGGCCCAUUUCCUUCCGCCCUGGGUUUUAUACUUCAGCAGCUGUGGAGAGAGAGAUCGGCUGUUGCAGACAUUAGACGACACAUGGAAAACCAUUUUCCAGGUCGACCUUCCCCACAGAGAAGUGUGUGAUCCGUCAGUGCAGAAGCGUUGUAGUGAGGCUCUCGGUCUGAUGAAGAGCGCCUGGCAGAGGGCGGACAGUCUGGCCCGAGGCAGAGCCCAGCGCGAACCCUGGUGCUGAUGGACACACUCACACAUGCACACACAUGCACACACAUGCACACACAUGCUCACAUUUGCUUACCUUUGGGAUGCCACUGAGACAAAGUGGUAGUAAAACAGUCAGAUAUAGAAUGACUAGCACACCAGUGAGAUGAUGCUGAACUAUCAGAGAAACGACCUUUGGAAGUACUAAUGCGUAUUGGACAUCACAUUAAAAGGAGACAUUCUCUCUUCAAAUGAAAUGAAGAGAGAUUCGUAGAUUGACAAUGAAUUUGAUUUGAUUCUGCUGAUGCAUGAUCAUUAUUCUGUUCCAGAGGUUCUCAGACAGCGCAAUAGUGCAGAAUAAAACGUUUCCAUUUAAGGUAUCACAUGAUGUGAUACAGGUAUAUAGUAAGGGUGAUAAUAGAUGCACAACAUGCACAGUUGAGUGAUGGGGGAGUUUUAAAUGAAUGAGCAGUACUGAGUAGUAAUCUUUUACUCAGAAGUACUGCCUGCUGAAGUAUCUCGCGUUUACUUUGAGAACAUUUUCUCAAGUGGAUUACACAUUUUAAAUCCAGCAAUGAAGUAAGUGUUUCCUCUUUUCCCUCAUCACCUUAAGUCUCUGAUAAACACCUUUCCAGUUUCUCUGCUCAGUGUGAAGACAUGAGUAUUGAUGAUUUUUUUUUAUUUAAAAACAUGUUUUGAUGCUUCUUGUAAUAUAGUACGUAAACUAUACCAAGAAAGCCAUACAUGAAGGGAGCAGAUGCUGCUCUUUUGCCGUGUGGAAAAGUUCAAACUCCUUGCCUUGCACACGCACAUGCAGACGCUUUCGUUACUUUACAAGACGUUAUACUGUACACCAACAUAUAACUAUGGAGCAAAUGUACAGCACUCUAUAGUAUGAUCGCAUAAUCACUACUAGGGUGUGUUCUAAUGCCUCAUACCUCUUCAAUGAAAUAUUCUCUCGUCCAUAUUGUUCAGUAAAUUAGCCUAACGGAAGGAAGAGGACCGUUGUGUGAAGUAUGUCUGGAUAAUUGUAGUGUUACAUGUUCAUAUUUAUCUCACAUCCAUCUACACCUGUUUAAAUGUUGUCCGACAAACUAUCAGGAAAUGCAACAGACUUGCCUUUUUGCUCCACUCUCUUAAGAUGAGCGGAGGCUUCCAUGCAAACUUGCACAUUGUUUUUUUUGUUUUUGUUUUUUUUAAUGGUACCACUUGUAGUUUUGUGUUAAUAUCUAACGCUCUAUGAAAUUUCCAUUUUAGAAGAAAGAGUUGGCUGAGAGGUGAUUGCCUUGGUGUAGACAUUUGUCUCUGCAGAUCAGAUUUGUAAUUAUAAUUGCCUUUACCCAUUGUGAGCUACAAGAGUUUUAGCUUUACACCUGUGGUUGGCGACAUCUUACUGUGAGAUGUGGCCACUUUAUGAGCUGUGAGACAUUAGUCUAUGAAAUCAUUAGUCAGCCAUAAGUGAUGUAGGACCAUGGCUGUGGUUUAAUAGUCUUUAAAGUCAGAGCAAGUGCAUCACCCAUAAAAUAAUCUAAUAUUAAAGUUUCAUUUGUUAUUAGAAAUUCAAAUCGUUUUAAAUUAAGCCUUUUUAAUUUCCUUACGAAUCCUCGUCAGUGGGCGACAAUGCAUGUGUUAAAAUCUGUCUCUUAACAGUGAUCAGAGACUUAAACUGCUGCUGUGUGGCUUUUUUUUGCAAUGACAAUAUUGGAUGAAAUAGCCAGUUUGGUUCGUCUAAUCUAAAUGAAGCACUGUUUGUCUAUUUAGUAGUUGCCUUACACUGAAUUAUGUGACAGACUGCACUGGGACAGGCAAACUGUCCUCUUAACUAAUGUUGUGGUUGUUGGAACAAGUCACAAACAUGUUUUAUGUAUUGAUGGGGAACCAAUCCCCACCAGGUGAUGCAUAUUCAACAAAGUAAGGUGUCAAAAAUAUUGUUGGUAAAAAGAAAAAAUACCAAAACUAAGCCACUGAAUAGGUUCACGGUAUCAAAAACGUCCCAGUGAUACACACGGUAUAAUUUCACGUACUCAUAUGUUGAUACAAACGUCUGUCUCUCUCAGUCACCCUGUCACUUAUAUUACUUCUGUUACUUAUUAUUACUCAGUGCUUUCAAAGUGACACUUGGCCUCAUCUUCUGCUCUUUUUCAAAGAAAUCUAAUCUCAGGUGAAAAAGGUACUUCACAUCCAAAACCUUAAAGAGUCACCGUGUGUUGUUAUUUUUAAAAUUGCUGCUGUUUUUUCUAAUUAAUUUUUUUUUUUUUUUAAAUCAAAUUUUCUACUUUUGUUCCUCCAAUAUUCCACACAACAUUAUGAAGUUAUUUUUGCACACACACAGAAGAGCAAAAUUAUACCAUUAGUUGGAAAAGUUUUUAUUUCAGUGGGCUCCAAAAUAGGACUGGGAUAUUUUUUGUGUGUUUAAAAUCCUCUCUGUCGGUGGGUUCGUUUUUCACCAGGGAGUGGACAGUUGCAAUAGUUGGGCUAACUUGAAACGUUCAUUGGUUUAUCGUUGAAAAAAACAAGUGCUUAGACCUAUGAAGUGUGUAGUUUGAGCAGUUUGAAAAUGUUGGACAUUGCUGGCCAAUGAUGGAUGACUUUUUUUCAGUCCUACUUAAAAAAAGAGCGAUUUUUGAUUCUGUCCACAAAUGUAAACCGCAUGUAAUAUUUAUGUUUGCUAGGUUUCAUGAACUGUAAAUAUAGCACUAAUUGAGUAUAACAUACCAUGAAUUUGCAUAUAUAUAUAUA